GUUCUCAAUUCUACAAACCGUCUCAAACCUUUAAAUUGGUUUAAUUGGUGAACAAGCCAUUAGCGCCACAGACAUGUCCCUUCUAUCUGCAACAAUCUUCCUCACUGUACCUCUAUAUAUACAUUCAUUUCACCUGUUCCAUUUUUUACCAACCCAUUUUCACUCUCUCUUCUUCAAGAAAAUAAAAUAAAAUUUUCCUGUUCUUCUCCUCUAAAUACAUCACUUUCUUGAAUUUGUUUCAGAAGUUUCACUAUUGAUUUGAUGGCUCCCUCAUCAAAAACUUACCCACUUUGGUUUAAACUGAAAAAACUUGCAAUGAUUUUCAUUUUCUGUGUGUUGUUUGUUCUUGAAGUAGAUGCUGAGAGGGUGCCAUUUUCAAGAAAAAGCGAGGGUUUGCAGCAGAAGAAAAUGGUGUUAGGUUCACGGCCACCGGGCUGUGUACACAAGUGCUUGAGUUGCAGACCUUGCAUGGCUACUUUGGUAGUUCCUUCUCAUCAGAAGAAGUUGAAAGCAUUGUCUCAUCACGGUGGUGGUGGUGGUGGUGGUGGUGGUGAGGAUGAUGAUGGUGAUGGAUAUUAUCUUCUUUCAUGGAAAUGCAGAUGCGGAGAUAAGCUUUUUCAACCUUGAUGAAAUUUGUGUAGUGGAGCCUCAUUUUUGUAUGUUUAAAUAUUAAUGUAAAAAUAUGCAUUUUAGCUAGGUUAUUGCUAGCUGAACCUUCUGAUUAUUUUAAAUUUAAUAUUUCUUUUUUAUUACCUUACACUGCCUAUUUUCUGUGAAAAUUGAUUUAUAAUGCUAUAAGGGG